AUGAAAGGUGCGCCACUUGGAACGAUUGGUAAAGUUCAUCCAUCAGGUUGGAUUCAAUCUAAUUUGUUUAUUGAGUGGUUCAGGCAUUUUAUUGAAAAAACGAACCCCAGCGAGGCCUCUCCGGUGUUGCUCAUCUUUGACGGACAUUACAGUCACACUCGUAAUUUAGAAAUAAUAGAGCUGGCCCGCGAAAAUCAUGUCACCAUUAUCAGUCUCCCACCUCAUACGACCCAUAAACUCCAGCCUUUGGAUAAGACUUUCAUGGGUGCACUUAAGAGUCAUUACAGCGAGGAGAUACGCAAGUUUCUUAUUUAUUCUGAAAGAAUGCUUAAACCUUACGAUAUUGCUGAGCUUUUUGGAGGGGCAUAUCUCAAGUGCACCUCGGGAGAAAUUGCAGUUAAUGGUUUUCGUGCUACCGGCAUUUACCCAUUCAAUCUGCAAGUUUUUACUGAGGUUGAUUUUAUAGCGGAAGCAUCAAACAGUGAUCAGUCAUGUCGCAGUGUAGACAAUCAACGUGGAAGUGUUGUUGCUGACAAAGAUGCCCCAGGAACGAGUACAGCGGUUCAAGAGACGCCAACUGGUUUGAUUCUACCAGAAGAAAUUCAGCCCAUCCCUGGGGCCAAAACUAGGACUUCUAAUCGUGAAAAAAAAGCUACAACAGCAAAAGUGAUCACAUCAUCACCUUAUAAAAACCAAUUAACCGACUCUUUGCGCUUAGCUGAGACUCGUGGACGAGGCAGUAGAGAUGUCGCUGUGCCGUUUGGCUAA